CUUCAACAGGCAGUGGCAGAGCUGUAUAGCUGGGUAACAGGACAGGAGUGUUUUUGCUGCUUUGGACAUUUUCCGAGUCUCUGCAGUUCCCAAGAGGAGCCUCUUUGGGUUCAGAUCUCAUUCCCUCUGGUCCAGUUUUUAUAAAUGUCUGGUAAGGAUUUUCCUUUCCAAUAUGACAUUGGAAGAAGAAGCAAUUAUGUGGGGCGUGGCCAAGAGACACAAGUGGAGAACAUCAACGCCUAUGUUUGCCAGCCUCCUUCCCCCACGGACAAAGCUGUGAUUGUGGUUCAUGACAUAUAUGGGUGGCAAUUCCCUGAUACCAGAUAUGUUGCUGAUAUAAUUGCUGCUAAUGGAUACUUAAUCAUCUGCCCAGAUUUCUUUUUGGGAAAAGCACCUUGGACACCUAAUGAUCAUUGGCAGACGUUUGGGGACUGGCUGAAGCACCGGGAUCCUAUGGAAGUGGACAGGACAGCUGCCAUCACUAUGAAGUGUCUAAAGGAACAGUACAAUAUCAAGGAGAUUGGUAUCGUUGGGUUUUCCUGGGGUGGAAUGGCUGUACAUCACUUGAUGCUGACAAAUCCUGAAUUGAAGACAGGGGUAUCUGCCUACGGAAUUAUCAGAAACAGUGAUGACAGAUACAAUUUGCUGAACCCCACAUUUUUCAUCUUUGGAGAAAAAGAUCACACCAUUUCUAAGGACCAGGUCACUUUAUUGGAGCAGAAACUGAAGGAAUAUUGUCGAACAGACUACAAAAUUAAAGUUUAUCCUGGACAAGUUCAUGGCUUCGCUCAGUGCAAACCUGAAGAUAUGAGGCCCAAAGAUGUGCCCUACAUUGAGGAAGCAAGAAUGGACCUACUGGAAUGGCUGAACAGAACCUUAUGAUUUGACACAUGAAACUACAUAAUACUACUUUAUCAUCCCUCCUUGAAAAUGCACUGUACUAUUUUUCUUUAAAAGAUUUGUAGAUUCUUAUCCAUCAGACUUUGAAAAAGGGAAAGUUGAAUUUGGUUUAAAGUUUUCAGUACAGCUAUCAAAAUAUUUGUAAUUACUGGUUCUUCUUACCUUUGAAUGUCAAACACUCAAACCUUCAGGAUUGGAAAUAUGUUCCUAUGUUGUCAUAUGACAAAUAUGAUCUUCCCCCCAAUUUUCCUGGUUCUUCUUAAUUUGUAACUCCCUUUAUCUUACAUUAGCAUGUUCAGCACCUCAAGAUUCAUUAAACACU